CUUCCAGCAGUCUGCAAGUCAAGUGAAAACAUUAAAAGAGGAACUGGAAGAAGUGAAGAACAUUCUGGGCACUUCUGAAGAAAAGAGGCAGUUGAUGGCAAUCCAGAAUAAGCAGCUUGAAAAAGAGAAUCAGUCCCUCAUUCUUAAGAUAUCUGCUCUUCAAGAGGAGAACAUUAGAAAUGCUCUUGAUUCAGAUGGCCUCCAGCAGAGGAUUGAGGAGCUGUCGCAGAAUAUUAGUGAACUCCAAAUACAAACACAUCUUUAUGAAAGCACGGUGAGAAAUAAAGACACAGCACUCCUUAAGAAGGAGCUGAAUAUACAAGAACUAAACUCUGCCUUGAAGGAAUACACGUUAGUGAUAGAGACGCUACGCGUAGAGAAAAAUAAAUUGUUGAACAACGUUCAGCAGAUGCAGCAAGAACUGAUCUCGAAUGGUAUCAACUUCCCCUUAAUCUACAAGUUCAACAGCAGCUUCCUGGAAGCUACCAAUUCAUUGCACUGCGAACUGGAGCUGGCCCAGGAACCAUCAGAGAUCCCUGGAAUUGAGUGGACGGCGCUUGAUGAAUCCCUGGACAGAGAAGUUUUAUUGCUUCUUGAAGGGCCAGAGCGAGUAGGAGAAAAGUUCAAGGCCACCAUUUUAAACCUGCGAGAAGAACUUUCUCAAGUUCAAGAUUUAGCAGGGCUGCCUUUGCUGAACCCAACAGACUGUGAAUUGGAUCUGCAAGAAACUUACCAGAAGACCUUGGUGGACCUCAAGAAAACUCUGGAGAAUAAAAGAACCCUAUGGCUCCAGAAACUAAAUUUUUUGGAAGCUCAGAAGGAAUCCCUGGAUAAGGAGCUCAUUAAAAUGGCGGGAAACAUGCGGAGGAUGAGAACGGAGCAGCUACAUUUAAAGAAAAUGCUUUUGUCCAG